AUGCUAUCCCCCAAACGGCGGACCCGCUCUCUGGCUCGCGCUGUUGAGCGAACGUGUGUCAUAAUAGCUUCAUAUUUCCCUCUAGCAUUCGUUUAUGGCUUGACUACCUGGGCGGUAUGGGUUGAUGCCGGUAUCGGCCUUUUACCUACAAACAGUAGAUGGCUAGGUUUGCCCAGCUCCGCAGUAGGAGUCAUCCUAUAUAUAAUGCUGAAUCUAUCGUAUACGGUUGCCGUGUUUACAGACCCCGGCUCUCCCCUCGGUUCGUCAGAUAAGCGCGGCAACGGCCGUGGCCAGUAUAGUCACCUUCCUACGACCGAAAUACCCGAAUAUCAGAGCUAUACAGUCAAUAGGCAUGGCGGUGCCAGAUUCUGUAAGAAAUGUCAGUGCCAGAAACCUGAUCGCGCCCACCAUUGUUCGAGUUGCAAGAGAUGUGUUUUAAAGAUGGACCACCAUUGUCCGUGGCUGGCUACAUGCGUGGGACUUCGCAACUACAAGGCAUUCAUGCUCUUCCUUAUUUACACUUCCACCUUCUGUUGGGUCUGUUUCGCUACAGCUAGUCUUUGGGUUUGGGACGAAGUGCUGAGUGAUGUUGUAUAUGCCAACACCUUGAUGCCUGUAAACGUUAUUCUUCUUGCCGUGAUUUCUGGAAUCAUCGGCUUGGUGUUGACCGGCUUUACUGCCUGGCACAUCAGCCUGGCUGUACGGAAUCUAACUACUAUCGAGUCGCUGGAGAAGACCCGGUAUCUUUCCCCUCUUCGCAAAGCUCUCGACCGCCGACGUGACGAUUACCAAGCAGCACAUGGUCAGAACGGCAGCCAUCCUACGAGGAACGGUAAUUUUACUCAGCGACUACAAGGUUAUGGGCAGCAAAUACUUGAAGCGCAUGCCAAUGCUAUCCCAGGUGUGACACGUGCAGAAGAAGGCGAAGAGCGGCCUUCUCCCAUUGCAGAAGCCCAAACCAGCCACCAUGAGGAUUAUAUGUCCUUUUUGCGGGAAUCUAAUGCUGACGGCACACCCGCUCAAAAGGCUCUACAUCGAUCAUAUGAAGAUUUAGAAAGGCAGAGAGAACGUGAGCGAUACGAAGACUACCUUGACUCGCGAGACAGUGAAAACAUCCCUAGCCCCUUCAACCACGGAUGGAAGCAGAACCUGCGACAUCUGUUUGGUGACAACCCGCUUCUCUGGGCUCUUCCUAUCUGCAAUACCUCCGGCGACGGAUGGUAUUGGGAGCCUAGUCCUGCGUUCUUGGAAGCAAGAGACCGUAUCAGAGAGGAUCGUGAGCGCGAAAUGUCACAAUGGCUAGAACGACAACGUCAGCAAUCUUAUGAUCAUUGGAUGAACCCUAACAAUACAACCCCAACUUCAACCAGACCUGUUCCCAUGCAACGAUUCUCCAAGAGUGGGCCCAAUGACUCCCAGCCGAACUCUGGAGUCUCAAUGACAACGCUACGACCCAAAUCGCCACGACUGCAUCAUGAAGACAGCGACGAUGACGAAAAUGAUUUGAGUUCGGAAGAUGAAGAGCCACGAAAGCCGAAACGAGGACGAGUUGGUCAUUCACCUGGUAGCAAAGCUGAUCGAGUGCUCGGCAUCACCCGGGAUCAGUUUGGAAGCCCCAGAGAUGAUUGGCGAGACUGGGACUAG